GAAGCUGACAGUGACAACGGCAUUAUGAAAAUUGAAAAAUAUUCCCCAUUCGAAAAAUUUAAUAAUUCCGCGUCAUUUAGUAAUUUGGCGCGCUCGCGCACUUCCAUUAGUGAAAUCGGGAGCGCGUUUUGUUGUUAUUUCCCUUUCCUGUGAUUUUAUUGUGAUAAUUUUUUCUAAACUAGUAAAAAUAUCGAAAACAUGUGGAGAUUAUUGUUUUUAUCCUUGACACUUAUGUACAUUGGUGAAUGUUCGCCGUCAUACCACGACAAGCUUCAAACAAGAUGGAUGGGAACCACUAAUGAUAUAGUAACGCAUAAACCCCAUCACAAAGUGCGCGGCCCACCUGAUCACAACAAACUGGUCGCAAUGGCGAGAUACGUUUUACACAACUGUGAUUGGGCAUCAAUAGCAACAAUAUCGAUUCUACCAGCUAUUGAAGGAUUUCCCUUUUCUAACGUGAAGUCGGUUGUGGACGGCUCCAUGGCGAACUCCACAGGGAUUCCGUACUUUUACAUGUCGCCCUUGGACUUCACCGCACGAGAUUUAUCGAAAAAUAGUCGCGCCACAAUUUUAGUAUCACUCGAAGAAACGAGGUAUUGUGAAAACCAAAAAUAUGACCCCGAAGACCCAAGAUGCACAAGACUUAUGCUGUCAGGAAAGAUGAAAAAGAUCAAAGAGGGCACCCCGGAGUACUUGUUCUCAAAGGCGGCGUUGUUUGAAAGACAUCCGGCUAUGGCCAACUUCCCACCAGACCACGACUGGUUCAUCGCAAAGAUGAAGAUCGCUCAGAUAGCGAUGGUGGAUUGGUUUGGCGGCGCCAAGUACGUGCCCGUCCGGGACUACCUCGCGUACAACUACACCGGCGCUGAGAUGUUGGACUACCACAACCGACGCGUCAAGCUAGACAAAGCCUAAAUUCCUCAGACCGACUGACAUAGUGCCGUGGAGAUGGCACCUUAGGGUCACCUAGGGCGCCAUCUCUACGGGUGAGAAUAUCGCGGCGAUAGCUACCAAAUUCUAUACUUUAACUCCUAUAAGGGCUAAUCUCCACGACGAGUAACUUUUGAGGAGUAUAACGUUACGGACUCGCCGCGUCUCGUGGCGAUACUAUUGUCUUGUCUUGCGAUGACUCCGACGAGUCUUACGGCGAUACCGCCACGUCACGCCACAGUUGACAGGCGCAAGAGGUGUUGCGGUCAUGUCACGCGGCGAUCCGUCUCGUGGCGUUUCGUUGCGGUCUCGUGGCGUUUCGUUGCGAGUCGCGACGACACGCUGCGGAAUUAUCGUUGUACGUGGAGAUUAUCCGACGAUAGUAGGAUAGUCUCAUUGCGAUUCUCUCAUCCGUGGAGAUGGCACCUAACACUAUAUAGCCGUCAGGUUUACCGGCAAGUUUGCAACGGACUUGAAGCGUCCUGUCAACUGAAACACCAACCAUACACCGCACCGUCAAGUUUACUGGGCGCCCGUUUCAAGUACGCCGUCCUCAAUUUUUUUUUUUUUUUAAUUAUUUUUUGUACCAGAAAGUUGUUACUGAAUAGCUGUUGAUAUUUUAGGUUUAACUAGUUUAAAGAUUGUACGGAUGGGGCUGGCAUAUAGGUCACCUAUAAAAUAUAAUAUAUCACCAUAUAAAUAUAUUAGUAUUUAAAAAAAGUACACCGUCAAGUUUACUGGGCGCCGCUUCAAGUCCGCUGCUAACUUGAUCAUGUAUGACUAGCGUAAGGUGACACAUGUUAUUUUUGUACAAAAGAUGCUUGUAUAUUUUUUUUUGUAAUAAACUUGGAAAAGUAUAA